AUGGUAAGUGAUGGCCCUUACUUAAUCUCUGGCUUGGACAGAAGGGGUCGGCGUCGAUCCUUUGUGGAGAGAUAUGACCCCAGUUUAAGAACGAUGAUCCCUUUACGGCCCCAUGCAAGGUUGGCUCCUAAUCCAGUUGAUGAUGCAGGGCUGUUUUCAUUCGCCACAUUUUCUUGGCUUACGCCUAUAAUGGUCAAAGGCUACAAACACAUUCUGACUACUAAUGCCUUGCCCCCAUUGUCAUCUUAUGAUACAUCAGACACCAAUGCUAAGAGGUUUCGAUCCCUUUGGGAAGAAGAAGUAGCAAAGGUGGGUGCAGAAAAAGCUUCUGUGGGACGAGUGGUUUGGAGAUUUCAGAGAACUCGUGUUCUGAUGGAUAUCCUGGCCAACUUCCUUUGUAUAAUCAUGGCAGCUAUAGGGCCGACAGUUCUCGUUCACCAAAUCCUCCAGUACACAGAAAGUACCUCUAAGAAUGUCUUCGUUGGCAUUGCUUUGUGUGUGGCCCUUUUUUUCACCGAGUUUGCUAAAGUUUUAUUCUGGGCACUAGCCUGGGCUAUAAAUUAUCGUACGGCCAUCCGACUGAAAGUUGCCACCUCGACUGUAGCUUUUGAAAACCUGGUUUCAUUCAAGACUCUGACCCACAUCUCUGUUGGUGAGGUUAUCAAUAUACUAUCAAGUGAUGGCCAUUCUUUGUUUGAAGCUGCCUUAUUUUGUCCACUGCCAGCUACAAUUCCUGUCCUGUUGGCAGUGUGUUCAGUGUAUGCUUAUUUUAUUCUGGGGCCCACAGCUCUCAUUGGGACAUCUGUAUAUGUGAUAUUCAUCCCUAUUCAGAUGUUUAUGGCUAAGCUCAAUUCAGCCUUUCGAAGAUCUGCCAUUACUAUGACCGACAAUCGUGUCCAGAUAAUGAAUGAAUUUUUGACCUGCAUCAAGCUUAUUAAAAUGUAUGCCUGGGAAAAAUCCUUUACAACCAACAUCCGAGGCAUAAGGAAGAAAGAAAAAAAAUUGCUGGAAAGGGCAGGGUUUAUACAAAGUGGAAAUUCAGCUCUUGCACCUGUUGUGUCCACGAUGGCCAUUGUCCUGACUUUCACUUUCCAUGUUCUUUUAAAAAGAAAGCUCACAGCACCUGUUGCAUUUAGUGUGAUUUCCAUGUUUAAUGUAAUGAAGUUUUCAAUUGCAAUCUUGCCUUUCUCAGUCAAAGCAGUGGCAGAAGCUAACGUUUCUCUAAUGAGAUUGAAGAAAAUUCUUGUGAACAAAAGCCCCCCAACAUAUAUCACCCAACCAGAAGAUGCAGAUACAGUCUUGGAACUAAAAAAUGCUACUUUGUCUUGGGGACAAGAAUCUAGCAGAAUAAUUAUCCCAGGGAAAGAGGGUGGUAAGAAGAAGAUCUCUAAUACAAAAUCAGCCCAGAAGACUUCCAAAGACUUGAAUCUGAGACAACAGGAAAUUGUUGGGCCAGAUAAGGAAAAAGAGAAGACAAGCCCAGUCCUGAGAAACUUAAGUUUAACUGUGAAAAAGGGAAAGGUCUUGGGAAUUUGUGGCAAUGUUGGAAGUGGAAAGAGCUCCCUCAUAUCAGCCAUCCUGGGACAGAUGAAAUUACAGGAUGGGUCCGUGGCAGUAAAUGGAACAGUGGCUUAUGUGUCACAACAAGCAUGGAUCUUUCAUGGAAACAUGAGAGAAAACAUAUUAUUUGGAGAAAAGUUUGACAGUCAAAGGUAA